CCAAGACUCAGUCGAGCAUGCUGAUUGGUUGUUAUUUUUUGAGUGAGGAUUUUGUUUUUGAGUGGUAUUGUGUGUAUGUCUGAGCUGGGUUUUUUUUUCAGGAAAAACAAAGAAAGGGGGAUUUAUAUUUUCCUGGGAAACGGUAAAAAAAAACAAAACAAUAGAAAAAAGAACGAAGGAACAUACGAACAACAAAAAGAAAAGAAAAGAAAAGAAAGACCAAGGGGCAGACUCUGGCUUCUUUCCUUCUCUUUCUUCACAGUUCAGCCUCAAUGAUCUGGGAGCGUCUCAAAAGGGAAAACUAAACAGGACUGCCAUAUUUUUAAAUUUUUGGAGGAUUUUGCUAUUUUAAAAGGUUAAAAAAAACAACACUUCUUUAUUAAGCCGGUCCAUGCUCUUCUCCUCCUCCUUCCCUCUCACCUCCUCCUUCUGCUCUUCUCACUCCCUUUCCUCUCUUGAAUUAACCUCAUCACGCCUUUAGGCUUCAGAAUUCAUCCUCAGUAAAGAAAUCUGUAUUUUAUUUGCAUAAAUAUAUAACUUCUAGAUAUUACACACCUUUUUUGGUAAAGAAUCAGAGGGAAUAUUUCAAACCCGUCCCUGAAAAACAGACCUUCUACAGAAAAAUAAGGGCAGAGAGUGGCACAGGACUCUCCCGGAGAGGGGGGAACACGAUGGGACACUUUCCAAUCCCAGUCCCAUCUCAGGGAGAUGAGUGAACAGCAACAACAACCCACAAAGGCACUUAAAUACAGGGGUAGCGGGAUUCGCGGGUCGGAGCCCACGUCGUUUGGGGGAAGCAACGAAGUCAUCGCCGUGAUGUCAUCGGGACUGUGUGACUGCUUCCUGUUAUGUCGUCAUGGCGCCGCGAGGGCUGGGGGGGCGCCGGGGGAACAGGAGUCUCGGGUGCUUUCACGAGAAGCGCUGAUGUCACAGGAUCUCGUGUACCAGGAAAUCUCUGUCAGCUCUCAGCCUGAAACCCAGAACCAAGCCCCGCCCAAGCAAGACCCUGCCUUCACCCCCAACUUCAACACCUUCCACACCUCCACACUGCUGAUUGACAGCAGUAACUCAUCCAAGAGCACAGUGAAGUCCAAUGAGAAAAGAAACAGCACCAUCGUUAAAGAAGUGAAGAAUAGGCUGAGUUUUCUGCUGCAGAAACCUGACCAGUCCUCCAGCGACCAGAACACGUCCAGCGAGGGCAGCUCUGAGAAGCCAGACAAGGAUGACAAGCCAACCUCACAGGAGGCGCUGGAAUGGAGUCGAUCACUCGAGGUGCUCCUGUCCCAUCACCAUGGGGUGGCAGCGUUCCGCUCGUUCUUGCGCUCGGAGUUCAGUGAAGAGAAUAUCGAGUUCUGGCUGGCCUGCCAGGAUUACCGCAGCACCAAGCCAGCCACAAACAUCAUUCCCAAAGCCCGGAAAAUAUUCUCAGACUACAUCGGAAUACAGGCUCCCAAAGAGAUUAACCUGGACUCUGAAACCCGCGAGGCCAUCACGCACAGCCUGGCUCAGCCCACGAGCAGCUGCUUCGAUGCGGCGCAAACGCGGGUCUACAGCCUCAUGGAGAAGGAUUCGUACCCGCGAUUCCUCAAGUCAAAGAUCUACCUGGACCUCGUGAAGCAAGGCGAGAGAUAGGGAGGGAGAAAGAAGCAAAACCUCAAAACCCAAACCCACAAGUCAUUCAUCUGCCCCGUAAAGGGUCUGCACUGCAGACUCUACAUCAAAGACUUGGAGCUGCUGAGCUAAAGGGUCUGCACUGCAGACUCUACAUCAAAGACUUGGAGCUGCUGAGCUAAAGGGUCUGCACUGCAGACUCUACAUCAAAGACUUGGAGCUGCUGAGCUAAAGGGUCUGCACUGCAGACUCUACAUCAAAGACUUGGAGCUGCUGAGCUAAAGGGUCUGCACUGCAGACUCUACAUCAAAGACUUGGAGCUGCUGAGCUAAAGGGUCUGCACUGCAGACUCUACAUCAAAGACUUGGAGCUGCUGAGCUAAAGGGUCUGCACUGCAGACUCUACAUCAAAGACUUGGAGCUGCUGAGCUAAAGGGUCUGCACUGCAGACUCUACAUCAAAGACUUGGAGCUGCUGAGCUAAAGGGUCUGCACUGCAGACUCUACAUCAAAGACUUGGAGCUGCUGAGCUAAAGGGUCUGCACUGCAGACUCUACAUCAAAGACUUGGAGCUGCUGAGCUAAAGGGUCUGCACUGCAGACUCUACAUCAAAGACAUCAGCAUCAUAUUUAUCCUGCAAGUGCAGCCAGUCCACCAGAGUGUGACCCUCCCCAGUGCAGGUGAGAAGUACCAUGUUUGCAGAAAAUACUGCCAACAGUAACUGAAACCAAGCCGGACAUUACAGUACAAAGUCAAUUAACCAGACAAUGGGAGUGUGGGCAGUCUUGCUUACCUUCUGAAAACUACUGAAAGCACCUAAGUGUUUCAAAGUGCAACGCUGCCGUUUAGAAACUGUUUUAAACCAAUGAAGAAAUUGACAAUCUGGCUGAUAAGACGUCUGGAUAGUCAUCUCUGUACUGUAUUGUUAUAACAUUGCUAGCUGUGGUUAAGUUGUUUGCCAUUGUCAGUGGGUAGAUGCUGUAAUACGGAAGUAGCUGUAAGGACAGAGAACGCUGGUAAUAUUGUGAACUACAACACGCAGAAAUCAAGAAGAAACACGACAAGGACUGAGCGCUCUUUCAGCUUCUCUCAGUGAGAGUCCGGACAAGGACUGAGCGCUCUUUCAGCUUCUCUCAGUGAGAGUCCGGACAAGGACUGAGCGCUCUUUCAGCUUCUCUCAGUGAGAGUCCGGACAAGGACUGAGCGCUCUUUCAGCUUCUCUCAGUGAGAGUCCGGACAAGGACUGAGCGCUCUUUCAGCUUCUCUCAGUGAGAGUCCGGACAAGGACUGAGCGCUCUUUCAGCUUCUCUCAGUGAGAGUCCGGACAAGGACUGAGCGCUCUUUCAGCUUCUCUCAGUGAGAGUCCGGACAAGGACUGAGCGCUCUUUCAGCUUCUCUCAGUGAGAGUCCAGACUCUUGAAAAACAAUUUGUGAACCAAAAAUACGUAAAGUGAUGUUUUAGGAAAGUGGGCCACAGAACAAAACGAACAAAACAAGAGAAGUAUAAAAAGCCAGCAGCACUGUUUUGCAAUGUUAUAACCUUUCAACCAUUACGAGGUGUGUCGACUGUCCUUUUCUUUGAGUGUGCUCUGAACUCUCCCUCAGCAGGGAUUGUAUUUUCUGGAAGGGACUGGUUCUGACAGAUCUCUUCAGCUGUAUUCAAGUUUCUCAGUACAAACAGAUUCUGACCAGUAAAAACGCUGUGUACAGUUGUAGCAAAUUACUUUCUAAGUUAGAGAUGAUACUUUUGCUGUAACUAAUAGUGUUUCAACAAUUCUACAUAUUUAGCAUCAAUUUUGCUAUAAACAACAGGUACAAAACCAAGUUACCAAGUAAACAAAUAUACUUGUAAAUAUAGUGCUAAGCAGACCCCUCUCUCUCUCUAUUGAAUAGUGCUAAGCAGACCCCUCUCUCUCUCUAUGGAAUAGUGCU